GUCACAGCAGACAACACGAGCAAUAAUGAUACCGCAUGUGAGCAGAUUGAAAGCAUCCUCCAUCGCCACAAAAUCUACUCAUUCAACACAACUCGACACCACCUUCCAUGUCUUGCCCAUGUCAUCAAUCUUGCUGUAGUUGCUGUCAUGUCUGGCUUCACCCAGCUUGCCAAUGUUGAGAAUGCCACAUCAAUCUGGGAGUUUGACCCGAGC